AUGGCCUGCCUCCCCUCGUGCUCAACGAUAUUGGUCUACUCGCUAUCGUCGAUCCCGCGCGAACAGGUCGACCAGAUCAUCCAGAGUACGUCUCCCAUACGGCCAGGCACACCUUGAUUUCAAUACUCAGUUCUUGGAACCCACUCUCCAGAUCUCAUCCAAGCCGGAGCCAACGCCUCCCUCCCUUCACCCUCCGCGGCGACGACGCACGAUUCGCACCCCACAUCGAGGACCCCCAUACGCGGCCCAAGACCCUGGACGAUCCGAAACAAGUACUACACCUGCGACGUUCAGUUCGUACAUGUUCCUCGAGCCGAGGACGAGGAAGGGAGCAGAGAUGAUCAGGAUCGGUACCAAGUCCAAGGUGAUGAGCCCGCGGUGAUCGUCGUCGCUCCCCCCACCCAAGUACGUUCUUUCCCUUCUCGGGCGGGCGGGUCUGUCCCUCGGAUACACAUCCACCUUACCACCUCUCAUCUUUUUCAAACAGACCCCUCCCACCGACCUCGCGAACGUCCUCUCCUCCCUAGCUGCAAGAGACCCCGAAUUCGACAUCGCCCUUUUGCUCACUUCUUCACCCUCCCCGACCGAUCAAGAUCAAGUCUCCUCACCACCGAACGAUCAAGCCUGGGACGAUCUCUGCCUAAACCACGCGUUCGAAUACGUUCGCCCCUCUUCAUCGUCAUCUUCAUCGGCUUUGAAUUCGACCAGUCCGUCGACUUUCAAACCGGAGGCGGAUGAUGAUGAUAGGGGUGAUAAAACAGGUACCGAACGCGUGAUCGAAGCACUCCAAUCUCGGAUCUGGGAACGCAUGAUCCCCUCCCCGACUGAAUUCGAAAGAACGGAACAAGAGACCGCAAUCAAGUCGCACGAGUCGAGUUUAUUCAACGUACGACUACCCCCACCUUCCUUACCUAAAGCGAAGGAAUAUUCACCCGUUCGAGUCGAAUGGCCGGAGAGGUUCUUACCUAAUCUUGUCGCGAAAGAGGGGAGUAAGGAUCAGGGAGAGCGGGGAGGUUUUGACGAUGAUUUUGCCGAGUUUGUAUCCGGACCCUCUGGAGCAGAAGUGGAAAGGUGGGAUGAGAUUUCGAGCGCGUCAACGUCGUUGCCUCCGAGGUCCAGCAGCGGCAGCGACGCGGAAGAAGAUGCGGAUGAUUUCGCGAGCCUCGAACGACAAGAUCAAGAACUUGAAAGCUUGUUCGCUCAACUCAGCACAGCAAGGGAACAAGCGCUGGGGAUAAAGGACCUGGAUCAAAAGCGCGCGUUCGCGGAGAAGACGGUGUUGAGUUUGUUGGGUUGA